CUCCAAUAGAAUUGGACACCUAGACCAUCUGCACUAGUUCAAUUGACAUCACCUACAAGCCCGUUUUCUCUAUUACCAUAAUUGUGGUGAAUCUCUCGGCGGCUGGUGGUUCGACCCAAAAGCGCAGUUAUGUCGACAAUUGCCGGUUCCACAACAUCGGCCUUGCGAUCAUGGGAAGCUAAGAAACCAAAAUCAACAGCAGCAAGCGUCGCGCUAGGGCUGGUGCAGCAGUACGCCGUGCCGCUUGCUGUUCUUGGCUUCUUUGUUCGCCGUUACCUCAAAAGCCGGAAGCAAGCAGCUAAAAAGCCCGAUGCAGCUGCUAAGGGCACAGCGGCUGCGCAAUCCGCAUCAGCCCGCAAGCCGCGACGGGAAUACAAGGUGAAGCGCGACCAGGAACCGCAACCCCUGCUUGUGGGUGAGGACGACGAGGAGGUGGAGGUGCAGCCGCACGACAACGUUAUGGAGGCUUACAGCGAGACGGAGGUGGAGAAGGCGGGCGCGGCAGCUAGCGGCCCGGCGGGUGGCAACAACACCGCCAUGUUGCAGAUGUUGCAGCAGAUGGGCUAUCGGAUCGUCAUGCCCAAGGACGGCAGCGGACAAGUAUUCCUAGUUCCGCCAGGUGCCGCUGGACCCGGGGGGCAAGCAAUUGAGGAAGGUGAUGAGGAGGGAUACGACGAGGACGAGGAGGGGUACGAGGAGGGCGAUGAGGAGGAGGAGGACGAGUGAGGAAAGCGGGAAGAAGAGGAGGAGGAGGGGGGUCUGGAAGGUCCCUGACGAGGGCGUUUGUUGGAUGUUGAACCUCCGCAAACCCUCUUUAACGGGUUGAUGGCACGGCACGGGUUGCAUUCGGCGUUCCAGAUGUUGAUGUGAUGCCCGGAGGCCGGAUGGCGGUGGCUUGUCACGUUAUCAACUGCUUACGGAAAACACUUAUGUUGCUCGCUAACUCCAGUACAGUACGUCCCGACACGCGGCCAGGUUUCUUGCCACAGCAGACAAGCCUUGUCUUGCGCUGUUGGGUUUCGGGGAUGCAUGGUGGCAGGCAUGGUGGCAUGGUGGCGUAGGGAUGCAAAUAUGCGGUGCGUGUAGGCAGGCAGCGGCAGCCCCUUCCAUGUGACCGACUAUUACGUGGACGUUACGAACCGCGGGACGCUAGUUGUUGCCGGUUUUGGGAUCCAAAUGCGCCCUUUUUUUAGCAGCUGCAGCAGCAGCAGCAGCCCUCGGGGUUUUCUCCUUGUUAAACUAAGACAUAGCUAGGUGCCUGGCCACCUGGAGGGGAACCUCGUCCCCUGAUGAGGGUUGGGAGGAGGACUCUCGGCUGGCUGGCUGGCUGGGUUUCCUGCGGGAGGGCGAGCCUUUAGCAGCGCUUUGGGGCUUGGAUGUCGCUUGGAAGAAGAUGCGGGUGAGGGUAGGGCCCAUGGGUCACACAGCCUUGCGGUAGCUCCCGGGCUCGUUUGACGAUAUCUACAUAUCUCUUGCCGAUUCUCAGUAUGCAUGCGGUGGUGGUUGUGAUGACUGAUGACGACCGGGUGCUGUGUGACUUUGGGAGGAGGUCUGGCGUGGCAGUGUAGCACGAGCGAGCGAGUGGGGAGUGCGAAUCGUAACCGUACGAAUGCGCUUGCACGACGGGUUGGAAACGUUGCCUACCUUUUUGGGGGGGCAGAGCUUGAGGAGUAACGCUGUGACCCAUGGGUCUCACUGGGCCUUGGUGUUGCCGGCAAUGUUGUGUCUGGUGGUCCCUCAUCGCUCACGUGGCCUGAGAGGUAGAUAAAUCCGUCACAGUGCGUGUCCUGUGCAGUUUUCCACGUGUGCAUGGGAGUCCUACUGUGCCUCAUGGCCGGAAGAUGAUGAGCGAAAGGGUGCGUGCCGUGUUUCGCCGCUGGCUGUAUGGGCUGACCU